AUUCCGGACAUGGCGGGGGAAUUACUGAUCCAGGAGGCACACGGCAUUCCUUGGGAAAUCAUCAGCGAUCGUGAUCCACGGUUCACGUCCAACUUCUGGACAAAAACCUGGCAGCAGUACGGCACACGUCUGCAUAUGUCCACGGCAUACCACUCCCAAUCGGACGGCCAGACUGAGCGCACCAAUCAGACAAUGGAGCAGCUAAUUCGCACGACAUGCACAGACCCGACCCAAUGGGAAGACGCCCUUACCUUGAUCGAGUUUGCGUACAACAACGCCCCAUCGGCCACGACUACUCAUUCCCCAUUCUUCCUUAAUCACGGGAUAGACCGGACAACCCCUCUAUUGCCACCGAUAGAAAAUCCGGCACCAAGGUCUCAGCAGUUCGUCGAAAAUUUCCGACAGACUCAGCAAAAAGCCGCCGAUGCCAUCCUCAAAGCCAACCAGAGGGCUAAGCAUCAAGCUGACCGACGACGCCGAGACUUAGCACUUGCUCCUGGGCAAUUGAGCUAGAAAGAUUGAAUAGAAUGAGAGUAUACAG